GUGUAAUUUGACUGGUUGAGAUUUGAAGAGACGGCGCAAAGGUGAUUUCUGAUUGGUUUAGUUGUUUCGUGCGAUGAAGUAAGGAAAUGUUAGAAGUAUCGUCAAAAGAGUUCUGGAGGACCACACACAGCGCUUUACAUUUAGUGGUGCAUGAUGCCCUCCUCCGGCAAGCGCGCCCCGCGUAGAGAGGAGCUGCUGCUGGAACUGGCGUGCGAGUGGGGCUCGUGUCAGGAGACUUUUGAAAGGAUGCAGGAGUUCUGCCAGCAUGUGGAGCAACAUUAUAAAGCUACAGUAGAAUGUGAGAACUCGGAUUUACCAGAAGAGGAGCAUAACUGUCUGUGGCGAGCCUGUGGCUUCUGCUCAGUGGAAGGUGAUGGGGAGCUUCUUAGACAUAUGUUCUUCCAUUGUUACCACACCAAGUUGAAGCAGUGGGGAAUUGCUAUACUCAAGGGCCACAGCGAAAUGGGCACCUGCUCGGUCGGCCUCCACACCUGCAACAUUGUUCCUGAGGUCCAAGAGAACUUCCUCUGUCUUUGGGAGCACUGCGAGAUGUCUAUGGAUAAUCCAGAGUGGUUUUACAGACAUGUAGAGAUGCAUGCCCACUGUCUCGAAGCUAAUGAAGAGAGUGUGUUGUUCUGUGGCUGGAAAGAUUGUGAGGCCUCUUUCAAGGGCAGGUUUAAGUUGCGAGAGCACAUGCGUAGUCACACGCAGGAAAAGCUGGUGGCAUGUCCUACCUGCGGAGGAAUGUUUGCCAACAACACCAAGUUCUUUGACCACAUUCGACGACAGACCUCCAUAGAAGGUCAAAGAUUUCAAUGUUCUCAUUGCUCUAAACGUUUUGCCACUGAGAGGCUGCUGAGAGACCACAUGAGGAACCAUGUUAACCAUUAUAAAUGUCCACUGUGUGAUAUGACCUGUCCAUCACCCUCCUCACUGAGAAACCACAUAAAGUUUCGCCAUUCCAACGAGAAGCCCUACAGCUGUGACUACUGCGAGUACAGCUGUAAAAACCUGAUAGACCUGCGGAAGCAUUUAGACACACACAGCAGUGAGCCAGCAUAUCGAUGCGACUUCCCUGACUGUAACUACUCCACCCGCUCUCUUUACUCAAUCAAGAACCACUACAAACGCAUUCAUGAGGGAGAUUACACUCCUCGCUAUAAGUGCCACGUGUGUGAGCAGUGUUUCACCCGGGGGAACAAUCUCACUGCCCACCUACGCAAGAAACAUCAGUUCAAAUGGCCCUCAGGACACCCCAGAUUCAGAUAUAAAGCGCAUGAAGAUGGGUUUAUGCGACUGCAGCUAAUCCGUUAUGAGAGUGUGGAGCUGACAGAGCAGCUGAUGCGGGAGCGGCAGGGGGAGGGGGACAGCAGUGAGUCCACCCCACGGGACCUCCAGCCUGGUGAAGAACCGGAGGAGACUGGGCCCGUCAGCACCAUGGGUGGAAAUACAGAGGCAGGAAUAAGAAAAGCAGCAGCAGAGGACUGCAGGACACAGGGAAAUGGAGAAAGUGUGCUCCUGGUAUUGACAGCAGGAACAUCCUCAGAGACUGACUCUACAAGGGAGGAGUCAGUGAUGCGUCAACUGCAGGACACCGCCCAACAGUUGGGCAUGGAGGUGGUCUAACUCCGCCUCUGAUUAUUGGAAUUCCCUAAUACUGCUAUAUCAGACAUUAGAAAGACGUUAGGACAUGCCUACUAACUCUUUGAUGAAAUUCACUUUACUAUGAAACUAACAGGGGACCAAAGCUGGGCUUGAGUGUUCUAGGAUUUUGUCAUGCUGAGUGAGAUCCAUAAACCCAACACUGAACAGAAAAGAUGAAUUUCUAAAUUGCAAGUUGGCUCUGGUGAUGUACUUGAGUUUGUGUGUGUGUGUUUGUGUGUGUGUUUGUGUGUGUGUGAGAGAGAGAGAGAGAGAGAGAUAGGAAAUCUGUUUAAUCCUACUGAAAAAUGUAAUCAGCUUUGUUUGACUCUCCUGGUUUAGUCUUAAGCCUCAGUGACACUUGACUUCAAGUACGCUAACUUAUUUCCGACAUCGCAACGAACCAGGAUUUGUCAUGCUUGAGGGCUUCUUGUUUAAUAAAUAAAUAAUAAGUCACAAAUAAUAAUAUAUUAUAAAUGUUAUAAUAUACCCUCUAUUCACUUUCCAGCAACAAUAGAAACAUGCAGCUUUAAAAUAUGUAUUCUUUGAAUUGAGCUAAGUGGUAAGGGUCCAAAAUUGUAAUCUUUUAUUCGUCAUACAUCUUCUCGUCAUCCAAAUUCGCAAGUUAGAAUUUGCUAAACUUUUGCUUGAACGUUUCUCCAUGAGCUUGCAUUACCGAUCUCGCACGUUCUGCAUUUAAAUGGGAGUGAAUAGAGCUCGAAGUCUAGUCUGACCGCCCCUGAAGGGAGGACUAGUUUCAGUAUAGUAUAGUUUUAUACAAGAAGACUAUUUUCUCUUGUUUUAAAGGUUUAAUUGGAAGUGCACUUGAACUACUGUUUAAUUUAUUUUUCAACUUUUUUUAUUGACCGCAGUUUAUGGUCAUGCCAAUCUGUUGAUGUUUCCAUUUCUAUAGUAUAUUUAAAAUGGAUUCAUGGGUUUUUUGUCUCCUUUAAAAUAGUUUUGGCCUCCAUUAAGAUAAGUCUCUUACAGAAGACUUUUGUUGUUCGUCAUUGAGUCUUAAUAAUUUAAUUGAGAAGGAAGAAUUCAUUUAAAGCAACCCGACUCACAUGAAUGGCCUAAUUUGAUUUGUAAUAAACAAUGAUAUUCA